GAGGCGGGAUUUCCGGCGUCGCCAGGCGGAAGCGUUUACGGCGUGGGGCCCGUCCCCUCCACCCUCGCGCUGAGUUCUCGGCUGCCGGUCGGUCUGAGCAGGGCAGAACGGCGAGGAGGCCCCACCUGCGCCUCCGCGGGUUCUGGGUGGGGUCGCUGAGCCCCCGGGCGCCCCCGUGCGAACCCGCUCGCCACAGGUCUCAUGGCGGCGCCCUUACACCCGGCGCAGGGGUCCGUGACCUUCGAUGAUGUGGCAGUGACCUUUUCCCGGGAGGAGUGGGGGCAGCUGGGCCAAGCCCAGAGGACCCUGUACCAGGAGGUGAUGCGGGAGACGUGCUGGCUCCUGGUGUCCCUGGGGCAUCCGUUUCCCAAACCUGAGCUGACCCACCUGCUGGAGCAUGGGCUGCAGCUGUGGCCUGUGAGGAGGGACCUCCUCUCCCGAAGCACCUCCCCAGGCCCUCAGUUGCUUGCAGGAGGCCCGCUCACCUUUUGAAGGGCUUUAGUCCUGUGCAGAGGACUCCCCUCAGCAGUCGUCAAGGCAUUGAAUCAUAGUCGAAACCAAGAAACGUACAUGCACAGCUGAAGUAAAUGCAUGAUAAACUAUGAAAGACAAAUGUGGAAGAAGAUUCUCAUUGUCCGAUCUUAUAAAGGGUUGUGUGAAGUUGUGUUACUAAUAAAGAAUGUCGAUAUUUAUGCAUGGGGUUAAGUUUGUAUGGGCUUUACAGUCACCACCAUGGAUUUACUCCCUUGGUGUUUGCGUAGGAUGCAGUCAUUUGAAAUUCAGACUGUGGGAUUUUCUUUUGAAACUUAAUUUUUUUUUUUGAGGGGCAUCUCAUAUUUAUUUAUUUAUUCAUUUUUUUGAGAGGGCAUCUCUCACAUUUAUUGAUCAAAUGGUUGUUAACAACAAUAAAAUUCUGUAUAGGGGACUCAAUGCACAAUGAUUAAUCAACCCCAAGCCUAAUUCUCAACAGUCUCCAACCUUCUGAAGCAUAUCGAACAAGUUCUUACAUGUUGGACAAGUUCUUACACAGUGAGUAAAUUCUUACAUGGUGAACGGUGUAAAGGCAGUCAUAUCACAGAAACUUUCAGUUUUGAUCACGCAUCAUGAACUAUAAACAAUCAAGUCAUAUAUGAUUAUUCGUUUGAUUUUUAUACUUGAUUUAUAUGUGAAUCCCACAUUUCUCCCUUAUUAUUAUUAUUAUUACUUUUUUAAAAAUAAAAUGCUGAAGUGGUAGGUAGAUGCAAGAUAAAGGUAGAAAACAUAAUUUAGUGCUGUAAGAGGGCAAAUGUAGAUGAUCAGGUGUGUGCCUAUAGACUAAAUAUUAAUCCAAGCUAGACAAGGGCAACAAAACAUCCACGGAUGCAGAAGAUUUCUCUCAAAACAGGGAGGGGGGUGAGGUUCUAAGCCUCACCUCUGUUGAUCCCCAAUUUCUCAUCUGAUGGCCCUUCUGUACCUGUUCCUGUGUUAGGUUGUUCCUCCCUUGAGGAAUCUUCCCCGUCUCUGGCUAACCAGUCAUCUUCUGGGGCCAUACAGGGAAAUGUAAAGUUGGUUAGUGAGAGAGUAGCAAUAUUUGAAAAGGUUAGCUUUUACUUCUUUGCAGAUUUAUGCCCUGUGGCUUCUAUGCCCAGCAUUUGUCUUGUAUCUUUACCACUUGGAAGAAUUAUGAUACUCAGUAAUUUUCAAUAUGAGGCACGAAUUCUCCUAAAGGGUUGUAAUUAGGAAGGAAGAAGAAAAGCUAUAGAAGUAGCAGAUGGAAGAAAACAUGGGAAGAUUGAUUAUUUCUUUGACAUAUCUUCUUGUAGAGUAACUUCAGCAUGUAUAGGUUUUAAGCUACUACUUAAAUUGCGCACACACAUUAACAUAAUAGGAAUACAGCUACAUAACAAAAGCUGACGUACAAUUACCAGCCAUAUCCCGUGAAACCAAGAAAACCAGUUAGGCACCCUAGGCAUUUGUGAAAACUUAUCAAUGAUAUUACGGAUAUUGUCUAACUGAAUCUGAAUAGUUUGAGAAAAAUCAGACAAAAUAAAACAACACAUUCCUGGGAACUGUUCAUAUCCCAUAUGUUCUUUUAACAGUAGAUAGUCUAUAGUCGUAUGAUUUUGGAGCACUGCAACUUGCACUUCUCCUAAUUCUUGGUUGAGUUCCAACAAUAUAGAUCCAGUCAAAUUUGUUGUUUUACUGUAUGCACAGGCCAGCUUAGAUAUCUCCUUCUUCAUUCCCCUGGCAAGUCCAAGAACUGGUGGGAUGAAUGCAGCUACAACUGCAACAGCGCCAGGAUCUUUGUUGAUGUUUUUGAUGAUCAUCUUCUCGAAUGACUCUUCCAGAUUAUGUUGAUGUUGGAAGUUCUUCAUAUCGUAUCUUAAUUCAUUUUCUGGGUAGCCAAAUUAGGCUUUGAUCCUCUGUAUAGACACAAACAAACCCUUUGCCCACACUUUGAUAUGACCUUUAUACCAUUGUGAAGAACCUAUUGGAUAUCACCACACAGGAGCUGCUUUUUUUUUUUUUUAAGAGAAAGGAAUAUUAUCAGAAAAAUGUACUUCCAUAGCUGAUCAUCUG